AUGUCAGAUACAGACGCGCCGGAAAUCGUGAGGAGGACGGCGGAGAUGAUGAACAGCGAGCUGAUGGGCGCCGCCCUCCACGGCUGGCACUUCGAAGUUGUCCAACUGCUGCAGGAGGGUAUCGACGUCAAUGUGGAGGCCCUCUUCCACGCGGGAAACGAACACACAGUGUACCAGGCCCUGACGUACGCCAUCAUGGGAGGCCACGUGCACGUGGUCCGGACCCUGGUCGAGGCUGGUGCCCGUUUGGAAGACGAAUGCGGCCCCGGCUGCGAGACAGCACUGAUUACGGCUGCAACUCUCGGGCACACGGAGAUCGUCCAGCAUUUGCUGGAGCACGGCGCUCAAGUGAACGCUACCUCCCGUUGGAAACAGAACUCGGCACUAACGGCAGCCUGUGAGCGGGGCAGCGCAGAGAUAGUGCGCCUCCUGCUGAUGGCGGGCGCGCACAUGGAGCACCAGAACCUCCAGAAGUACACACCGCUGAUGGUGGCCUGCGAUGGCUGCCACCUGGAGGUGGUGCGGCUGCUCAUCAGCAGCGGUGCUCAGCCGACAGAGCCGCCGGGUAGUCCGAUCUCGCCGCUGCUGUUGGCAGCGCAACAUGGCCAUCUGGAGGUGGUCCGGCUUCUGCUCGGUCAAGGCGCCGACACAGAAAUUGUUAACCAAGCAGGACACACCGCCUUAGUGGAGGUGGCCAGAAAAGGGCUCACUGAGCUGGUGGCCCUUCUGCUCUCGUAUGGCGCUCAUGUCAACUUCAUCACAGAGGACGGCAAGAGCUCGGCACUGUCGUUGGCGUGCGCCAAUGGACACCUGGAGACGGCCCACAUCCUGGUCAAGGUCACGAUCUCAGGGGACGGAGCCGAGAUCAACAACUGCGCUGUCUCACCGCUGUUUGAGGCCGCGUGUGUCGGCAAGGACGAGAUCGUCGAUUGGCUGCUGCGGCUGGGCGUUCCGGUGCAGCAUGAGAACAGUGACGGAGACACGGCACUGAUCAAGGCAGCCCGGCACGGCCAGACGGCGGUGGGGCGCAUCCUGCUGGAGCACGGCGCUGAUGUGGAGGCGCUGAACCACUGCAACCGCUCAGCGCUGAUGGAGGCGGCUGCUGGAGGCUACAGCGGUGUCGUGCUGUUGCUGUUGGGCUAUGGCGCGAACGUGAACCGGCCCUCGCCCGACGACACGGCCACGGCUCUGAGCCUGGGUGAUUCAUCAGCCCUGGUGGAGGCGGUUUUGAGGGAGCAUGUGGAAGUGGUUCGUCUUCUCCUGCGGUUCCCGAACAUUCCUCCGCUCUCUGAUGAAGAGCUGGCCUCCCUGAUCGAUGAGGAGAUGGACUCGGAUGAAGAAGUCGAUCCCCAAGGUGGGAGGUAUGACAGCCAGGACAGAAAAGGCCACAGGCAGGGCGAAGCUCAGCAGACACAGGACGCGGAUUUGUUCUGGCAGGACAGAGAACUCCAGACGCGAGAGAACAAUGUAUUCAAGCAGGACGAAAACUGCUUCAUCGAGGGGGAAGACGUUCUCAGCCAGGAUGAAACGUCAUACUCGAGCGACAGCUCAACAGAAUGCUCCGAUGACACGGACGACAAUGCCUCUGACGAUGAUGAUGAAGACGAUGAUGGUGAUGACGCAGCCGAGGAUUCUAAAGCCUCUGGCUCAGAGGCAGCGGCUUCCGAGCCCUCUGACUCAGAGGCAGCGGCUCAGCCUCUGAGCGGCCCGGUGACCGGCGCCCAGCUCACCCGCAGGGCUGAGUUCCUCAGGCAGCAGAGGCUGGACAUCCGGGAGAGCGUUGUUCAGUACCUGCGGGACGACGCCGCCCUGUCUCGUCUGAAGACCACGCUGAGGCAGCAGGAGACGGUGACGCCCGCCGAGAGGGAGGCCUUCAUGCUGGAGAGGGACAGGUUGCAGCAAGUCCACCAACAACUUCAACAGCGGCUGCGGGAGAGCGAACAAGAGAUCACGGAAGACUUCAAGGUCAUCCACCAGAACGAGGAAGUCCCCAUAUCGCCCCAGCAGAUAGAAGCAAGGGGAAGGCGAUUUUUGCCAGAAUUUCUGGUGAACCGGGUGUCGUUCAGCGACCAGCAGUCGCCGCUGGGCAUGGCCUGCUCCCUGGGAAACGUCGAGGUGGUCCGUCUCCUCCUGGAUAACGAUGCUUCGAUCGAGCACACUGACAAGGCGGGCUUCACGCCGCUCAUGCUGGCCUGCCGCGCCGGCCACACCGAGGUCGUACAGCUGCUGCUGCACAAGGGCGCCAACCACAGGCACCAGGCCAGCGGCUCGCUUGAAACGCCGCUUACGCUGGCCUGCAUGGGCGCUCAUCACCAAAUCACCCACAUCCUCAUCCAAAGGGGCGCCCGUGUGGAGCACCGCAACGGCCACGACAACACGCCGCUGAUGCUGGCGGCGGCCAGCGGCAGUGUACAGAUCGUCCGACUGCUGCUGAGGGAGGCGGUCGACAUCAACAGCAGGCGGUCCUCCCGCUCCAACGUCACGCCACUGAUACUGGCGGCCAGCCACGGACACCUGGAUGUGGUGCGGCUGCUGUUGGAGCGGGACGUAGAUGUCAACGCCACGGUGCCCGGCGGCGGCGGCAAGACGGCGCUCAUGCUCGCCGCCUGGCGCGGCCACACCACCCUCGUCAUGCUGCUCAUCGCCAGAGGGGUGGCAAUCGAAGCCCGCAACACGGCGGGCCGCACUGCCCUCUGGUGGGCGCUGGACGCGGGUCACGGCACCAUAGCACGGCUGCUGCAGACGUGCGGCGCCUCGGUCGACGUGCAGGACACCAGACAGGUGUCAUGCAUCAUGGCGGCGUACCGCGGCGGCAACGUGGAGCUGGUGCGCUGGCUGUUGAAGUGUGUGUCGCAGCUGCCGUCUGUUGCCGAGCUGAAGCAGUGCCUCCGGUCCCGCUCGAAGAAGCGCUCGAUAGCCCUUCGCGGGCCCCUGUUACCCCUGGGGACCCUGUUUAAGCGUCGCGCACAGUGCCUGUACUUCAUCCGAGCCGAGAUGAAGCAGCGGGGGUACUGA